AUGGCUCAACUACAAGAACACUCUGGACAUGCAGUGAAAUCAAGUCCUAGUUUCACACAUAUCAAUCCCAAUAGUUCAAAAACCGAGGCUGUUGAAACAGGGCAACCUCUUAACUUCACAGCUAUAACACUUGACAAUCAAGUAGCUACCUCUCGUGUAAAGGGGGUAACCAUUAUUCUUGAUGACGAUAUAUGGGAAAACGUUGCACAUUUUCCUAUAAGAGAUGAUGCUAUUAACAUUUUUGCAGAGUUAGAUGACUUUGACAGGAUCAUGGCUUACCGUUCUUUUCUCCGCAACCCUUUCAUGGAGAUUGGGCAUCUUCUUCUAACUGGGCUAUUAAAGAAGGAAGAACGCCUGCUCCUGCAUCUACUCGUCUGGAUCUUAUGUCCCCGGGCAACCAACCAUGCCCAAUGCUCUUCAAUAGAUCUUCGCAUUAUUCAUGCAAUAAUGAAUAAUGAGCUAAUAGAUUGGGGAAGCCUUGUCACAAUGACUAUGCUGAAGGCCAAACGUCAUCCUACUUUCAAAAUUCCCUAUGCUCUCCUUAUCUCUCGCAUUCUAGAGUACAAAGGAGUCACAUUAACCCAACUUCAAAUGGUGCGUGUCAAUAAUAUUUAUGUUCACAAGGAUGAUGUUCCAAACAUAGAUGCAGAUGAUGAAGUUUCUGACGAAGAAAUGCCUCCUGUUGCUAAGUUUCCCUCUGAUCAGAUUCAAAAUGCUGGAACAUCUUCUACUCCUCCUGAAACCCGUCAAUCUGUGGAAGACAUGUUAGUUGAUAUGAACUAG